UCUGGCUUUUUAAUCGAUCUUUCUCGUUGGGGACAGCAAAAACAUCGACGCACGCUGGUCAUACCUGAGUAGCGUUGUGUCAGCAGAAAUGAGUUUCAUGAGUAUGAAACAAUUAAUACGAUUAGCAUUCUGUGUUGGAUUUACAGUUGUGAUUGUACAGGUUAACGCGAAAGAAGAUGAAAUGCAAAAGUUUCCACUGUUAAUGCCAGAUGUCCAACCUAAAGUGAAAGAAACAUAUUUGUGCACAGCUUUCAAGAUGCCAAGAUCUGAGUUUGAAUAUAUAGUGGAAUUCAAACCAAAUGCAUCGAUGCAUACGGCACACCACAUACUGAUCUAUGGUUGCAGUAUACCUGGACAGAGGCAGCGAGACAGCCCUAGGCUGGUCUGGGACUGUGGAGAGAUGAGCGGUCAACAGUCUGGUUACUUAAGAGGGCCGACCUGUGCCAGCGGAUCCCAAAUCAUCUACGCCUGGGCCAAAGAUGCGCCACCCCUCACGCUACCCGAAGGUGUUGGCUUUAAAGUUGGAAAAAACACUGGAAUUAGUUAUUUAGUGCUCCAAGUUCAUUACGCUAAUGUGGAUAAAUUUUUAAAUGGGGAAACGGAUAAUUCUGGAAUAAUUCUUUCCCUACUACCUGGGACUAGUGAUAAGGUAACGAAAGCUGCAGGGGUUUACCUCCUUGGAACUAGUGGAGUCAUUCGAGCUGGCGAAGAAGAACAUUUCGAAUCUGCUUGUAGAAUCAAUGAGCCUGUCGUUAUUCAUCCUUUCGCUUUUCGGACACACACGCAUGCUCUCGGAGAGGUAGUAUCCGGUUACAAAAUUGAUAAAGGUGGAAAAUGGCAUCUUAUUGGAAAACACAGUCCUCAAGAACCUCAGAUGUUCUAUCCAGUAGAAAAUAAGGAUUUGACUAUCGAAUAUGGAGAUAUUGUGGCCGCCCGCUGCACGAUGUUUAAUUUCCGAGACAGAGAUACAUAUAUUGGACCCACUGGCGACGAUGAAAUGUGCAACUUCUAUAUGAUGUACUAUAUUGACGGUGAUCGACCUAUGUCUGAAAAGUAUUGCUUCUCUGAUGGACCAUCUAACUACUACUGGGAAAUGGACCCGAUUAUUAACGAUGUUCCUUCGAGUAUAGAGAAGAGUGCGAGUUCUUUAAAAGAUUAAAAGCAGAUAUUAAAUCAGGGCAACAGAGUUUGGGAUUCAAGAGAAGAAUGUUUUGGCAGAUAGUCAUGAAAGAAAAGUAAACCUUAACUGAGUUUCUUAUUGAAGAAGUUUGAUUGAGGGAAAAACUCUUUCACGAUUAAUCUGAAGUUUUUUUUAACUUUGUUGCCCUUGGUGCCAAAAAUAAUACCGGUUUUUUUAAAUAGUUAUGAGUUUUGUUACAGAUAAGCAAAACUAGAUCUUUAUUUACAAAAGUAGCAUUUUACACUAAUACUACUGCAUACUUAAAGUUUAUGAUCUCAUAUAGUGUUAAUGUUUUAUUUUAUGAAUGAUUUACGUGUAUUUAGACAGCACUUGCACAUCAUACAUUUAUAUACAUUGCGCAUUAUUUUGGCAAUGAUUUUUGACACGGGAAAUAUUUUUUUAGCAAGUGUCUAAUUUUUCUAAUACAAGAAAUGUUUCUGUAUCUUAAAUUUAAUUGCUUUUUUUCAAAAGCGAUUUCCUAUUUAUAUACAUCCCGUUCCCAAAAUCUGUUGCCCAAAUGUUUCCGAGAUAAUUAAAUUCAUUUAUAACUUAAAUUCCUUAUUUUUAAAUAACACUAAAAUUGUUGCUGUAAUCCAAAAGCAAUUCCAAAACUGAUUCGCACAAUAUUUAAGAUUGAAAUAUACGAUAUUUAUAUAUAGUUUUAUUAAUGAAUUUAAAUGAUGUUUAAGAAUGAGGAUGUGUGUAGUUUUAGAAUGAAAUGGUUGAUGAUAUUUAAUGGUAUUUAUUAUUGAAAAAUUUUGCCUUUUCUUUUGAUUUCAAAAGAUUGCCAUUAAGUAAAGACUCUAUUUCCACUUUGUAUUAUUUAAAAAAAAGAGUCUUCAAAACUGUGGUUUGUCCUUUAAUAUCUAGUCAUUCAUAUUUUUGGAAGAAAUAUUUCCUUAAAUGUUAGUUCAAACAAUUGUGUAAAUAAUUUAUGUAGACAGCUACCUUAGUUUUUCAAUUCAAGCGAAAGGAAAUUUGUUUGAUUUUAAUGCUUAUAUAACGUUUAACUAUCAGAUUAAGGCAGCUUUCAAAUAUUUUAUUUUAUUUUUUUAUGUCAUAUUCUUCAUUGGAAGCUGACAUUCAGGGAAAGUUUUUAAUUAUACGUUCUCAGAGAUAAGUAAUGCAAAUAUGUUACCCACAUUCAAAAUGUUCAUAAUAUUUGGUAACAUACUGGUCUAAUGUAAAUCUAGGAAAAAUUUAAAAAAUGAUUUAUAAGUGAAGAGAAGUUUGUCACUUUUAAUUAUCCAUUGAAAAAUGUCUGCUGACAAACUUUCAAAAUCCGGUUAAACAACAAUUAAUUAAAACAAUAAAUAAGUACAUUUGUUUUUUAUAUUUAUUGUUUUUUACCACUGCUUCCUUUAAUUUCAUGUAACAAAAUAAUUUCAUUUUUAAUAAUUAAUUUGUACAAUCAAACCAUUUACCUAGGCUUUAACAAGAUUUCCCAUGUAUUUCGAUUGUUUUUUCAUUUAUUUUAUUUUAUUGCUUUAUAACAUUUUUUUCCUCUUAAAAGUUUAAUCUGAGAUUAGAUAUUCGAAACUGGGAAUUCUUCAUUUGUAUAUGAAUUAUAAGAUGUCUUGAACAUCCCAAUUUUUAUUUAUAAACCAGAAACUGUACUGUUUAUGAAGAUAUCGCCUCAAAAUAAUAAAAUGGGACUGAAUGAAUUAAAUUUUAUCUUGACAAAUUAAAACUAUUAAAUGUUUUUUCUUCCUUUUGUUAAAUAUCUAAAUACAUUAAUGACAAUUAAAGGAUUUUAGCCAGUAACAUAUUCGCUUGUUCGCCAGAAAAUUAGAUUUCAGAACUUCUUUUUCGUUUUUACCGUUUGGAUUAAAGAAUAACUGUAAUGGGAAAGAGAAAUAACGAUGUAUAAAACUUAAUUUAAAUUUUGCUGAAAAGGACCGUUUGAGCUUUUGAGAAAUGCGAUUAGACUUUCCUGGAGGGGCUAUGCUUGUAAAGGAAAUUAUAAUCUACAUUGUAAAAAUUAUUUAACAUUUUGGAGCUUGAUCAUCGACAGCUUAUGAUUAGAAAAAAAAUUCGUGAUACAUGAAUGAAACGAAAUUCUAGCCCAGAGUUCUCAACCGGGAAUGCAGGGAAUUUAAUAGUUUCAGGAGGUAAAAACGGUGAGACUUUCAUUAAGCUGUUAAUUAUUUAGUUUUGUGCAUAAAAAACUACUUUGAUUCAAGUUUCGGUAUUUACCUAAUAUCUUCUUCACUUUUUUGUUUAAUUUAUGAAAAAAAUAGAAAAUAAUCUAGAUCUAAAUAAAUGUAUAUAUAUAUAUCAUGUUUGGAAAGUAGGGGGAGGAUAUCAUCUUCUAGCAAUGGUGAAAGGGGUGUAUAUGGGCAAAAAGGUUGAGAACCACUGUUCUAGCUUACUUUUGCAUAAUCGCAUCAUAUUUUAGAUUUAAUGUUUCAGAGGUUAUGACUGAAGUGUUCCUAAAAAUGAUUGAAAGAGGAACUCUGGCCUGCCUUUCUAGAUCUUGAAUCACAAUUUACUUUUUUUUCCAAGUCCUUUAACAUAAACGCGUUAGGCAUUCACUUGAAGAGUUUUUGUAAAUUAAAAACAUUGAUUUACUUUAUAAAAUAAAUAAGCUAAAUCCAUCGGCAAUUAUUUCUUUUCCGCGAGAAAUGUUAUUAUCAAAAGUAAUUUUUAAUUUGCAAUAUAUAUUCAACAAAAUUUUCUUGCUUGUCCCUUAUCUUCAUUUUGCAUUUUAUAGGGUUUUUUUAAAAUUUGGCUUACCUUAUGUAGGUCUACAGCUGAAUAAGGCUGACGAUAUCAAACGGAAUAUACUGGUAUUAUCAUUCCUCACAUUUUUAAUAAUAUUUAUAAGUGAAUAUAUUACUUAACUCGACAAAAAUUUUACGCUUUUUUAAAUAUCGUGCUCUUUUAUUCACAUGGAUAUAUGCAAGAUCAGUAGAUAGACAAGGUUAUGCUCUUUCAAGGUUCAGUCCUUCCAAUGGCAUAGGCGAACGGAGUUCGCAAGACGAUCUCCUGCGCAGUUCCGCUAUUCCAGACUAGAAAAAUGUGUGAAAUUUUCGAGUGGUUUAUUCGUCGAGUAUGAAGUCAUUACUAUACUUUUCAGGAAAGAGGUUCUAUUGAUGAGAAGUAGAGUUUUGACGAUAGUAAUGUGAUGAAAGUAAGAAGAGGUGAUAGCAAAUGCCUCCUCCAAUUCCGAGACCGUGACGUAUCGUACAUCUGCUCAUUGACGUUACUUUAUCCACAGAUGCAGGAGAAACCGUGCUUUAGAACAAGACGUCGACGUCAUCCCGCUGGCUGAGCUUGGUCGAGAAGAGAAAAACCUUGCAGUAUAAUAGCUUGAAUCUGCGCAUGCCACCUAGAAUUAGAGAAUUUCAACAACUUUCGGGCAAACUUGUUGCGUGCGUGAGAAAUAGACAGUGCACAUUAUUCUCAGUAAAUGUUGAAACAAAUGCAUGUUGCUGCGUGACGCAGCGUAUGACUUGACAUGUUUAUUCGACCUUUUGCUUUACUCCGUGUUUUAAAAGGCUGCGUUAAUAAGGUUGACAUGGUGGCACGGUAGUAAAUGUGGCUUAUAAUUUCAAAUUGUAUUUGAUAUUCUGAAUUAUUUCAUUUAGAUGCUAAGGGGAACUUAAUAUUUUUCUGCUGGUUACAUUUGGAUGUGGAACUAGAGUUUGAAAUUUGGGAUCACAGCUUAAGAUUCGUUUGCUGAUUUUAUUUAAUGAUUAAAACUAUUUUAAGCUAAAAAAUUACAAUUAACUUAUUAGCUAGAGAAUCAUUCUCAGAUUCUGAAGAUAUAGAACAUAAAAUCAUAUAUUUGAAACGAACUGUUAAAAAAGAGCUGCCAAAUGAUAGGAUAAAAAAAUUUCUAUAACAUUAUUUUAUGAGAUUUAUAUGCUUAAUUAAUAAAAAUUAAAAACAAUUUAAUUUUUCUAGACGCAGAUGAUAGGAUGUUUUAUUAGGUAGCUUGCAUAUGAGGCUUACAAGUACUUCUCCAAACAGCAGUACUUUUUAUUUUGUCAACACAUGAGAUCCGUUUACUGAAAAUAAUAAAUAUUUUUUGAUGAGUUUAAAAAAGAGCCACUAAAUUUGCUGUUCAAACAUUAUGCUUUUUCAUGCAAUCGAAUGAUUCUGUUAAUCGUAUAGGUAAUUAUCAGACGUUCAUCAAGUCUGAGAAAUACAAUCAGCUGGAAAAUAUGAAAAAUGAAUCGAAAAUAAGAAGCACAUUACAUUUGGUUUUCGUGAUAGAAAAGACUAAAACACUUCGUGCUUUAAACACGGAUUCUUCUUACGAAUGCCUUUUGUGGUAUUUAAUUAAAGUCAAAUUAUGAGCUCAGUGGUUAAGUUAUCAGGUUAACGCCUUCGGAUAGUUGAUAAGGUAGGUUAGGUUAUUAGAAUGGGGCAAAGCACUCGAAGAACUAAGAAGAGGGCUGUUUUCGUAGAUGAGAAACUGGCUUAUCUUCGCAAUAUACAUUUAGAAAUAACGAAAAUCGACCAUGUAUCCAGCUCGUUCGCCUUGGCUCGAACCCUGAUCGAUUGGUUUGGUUUUAUUAGAUUACGGCAAAGCAGUCGAUGGCUAUCUGCCUUAAGGGAGGGUUGCCUUCGUGGAGGACUUUCUAAGGGAAACUGGCUCGUAUACACGUUACACAUGGGGAAAACCACGAAAACGCCCAUGCAGCCAGCCUGUUCGCGGGAUUUGAACCCUGGUUGAACUAGCACUAUUCAGCUCACUUAAGCAUUCGACUGCUGGUGGUGCCGACUGUGGAUUUGAAGCUUAUCAAUGGCUCAGGCACCUAAUUAAAGCAAAACGCUUAGAAUGGGUACGGUCGUUCUAUAACUGUUCUUAUCAAGGACACCUCCAACCCCAAACAGGGAGAAAGAAUGUAAUGGUUUAACUCUUUCGGAUCUGUUAAGCAAUAUGUAACUUCGCAUGUUCCAUGGCUAACUGGGAGUUAUCCGAACCUGUUUCAAGGCUUCAGAUAGCUAAGCUGAUAGUCAUCCCGUCCAUGGAUUAUAGUGUUUCGAGUUCACCUGCUAGCAAGGAUCAGGUAUGAAAUCAGAAUUGCUACACAUACUCAUGAGCUAUAGUUUUCAAAUAUAUGUGACACAAUCAUGAAGUCAUAAGGUAAAUAUGUCAAAUAAUAGCUAAAAAGAGUAAUUAUUAACUGGUUAAGAAUACAUGGUGUUUAGAAUCGCUUAACAGAUUCCAUUUUAAAGGGUCUGUGUCCAGAGGGAUAAGAAAUUACAUUUUUGUUGUAGAACACUUAAUAUUAAGAGAAUAAAAUCGUUAAAAUAAGUUCAGUGUUUUGAUAAGGAAAGGGGGUUUACAUUUUGCAAACUUUGAGGAAAAGAUGCUGGAGUUUCGAUAAAUUUUUUAAUCAUGCAUAUGGAAUCCAAAGAAAUAUUUAUCAAAAAAUUAAUUUGUCCUUAUGCUUGAAAAGGCAUGUGGUCGGACCAUAUUUUUAAACGUAUGUCACUAAAAAUGUAACAGUAAUUUUUAAUAUCAUACUUAUGUCCUUUGAAAUAGUUCUAAUUUAAAGUAAUAUAGUAAUAGUUGGAAUGUAACGGGCAUUUUUGAUGUGACUGGGGCAAAAAGUCGUGAAUUCAAGAAUUUAGGACAUUGAUCUGUUUCCUUCAAGGUACAGAAUUAUGUUUAGGAAAUACAUAUUGAUAUAUAAUUCAUAAUAGGCGCUCAAAUAAAUAAAAAUGUAUUCCUUGAUGGAUAAUAUGCUAAGCUGCUAGAAGAGAUGGAUUUUGAUAUCAUAACAGAGGUGUAUUUGUGAAGUAGAGAGCUUGCCUUACUAGAGUGUAUGAGGGCUUUGUAUCUUAAGACUCUAUGCUUUUUUCUAAUACGAAGAGUGAUCUAGAGAACCAUUGGACCGCCAGUUGUAACUUGCGCAAACUCAUAAAUCUGCCUCUGAUGCUGAUAGAUAUUAUUAAUGGAAUUAUUGAACCAAAUUUGCUAAAAAGGAUACAUAUAACAUAAAUUAAUUUGAAGUCUAAAUAUAUAAGAUCUAGUCCUAUUAGGCCACAUAAACUAAUCUAGAUUCUACAAAUGAACCUGGCGAAUUCUCGCACAAGCGUGAAGUAAUACCAGCACAGAAGAAGGGCGAAAAUAAUCCUUUAAUACUUUCAACUAUGAACAGAAAAGGCACGUAUUUCGCGCUUUAAUACCGACAACUUGCGGUGGAACUUAACGUUAUUAUACAAAUCAGUUCAAGUCUAAAUAGAAUAGUGCUGGAUUAGCACGUUAAGUUACGGCUAUCUUAGGUUGACUCGACAAACCUAACGGGCGUGACAAUUAUUUGAAAUAGCCAACGGGCGUAUCAGCGUAACAGCAAGGUCAGAAACGAAAUCUGCGAAAACACGCGCUGAAUAAACUCUAAAAUUCUCCCGUUUAAAUGCUUACUUCACUUAAAUUUAAAUUUACAUCCUGGCGAGGAAAUGCGAGGGGAAGUUCAGAAGUUCAGGAAAGAUAACAAACAUUUGAAUAAUUGGUUAAGUAGUUUAAGGGAAACAGUACAAAUACACAUAAAACAUUGUAGUGAAGGCAGAAAGGGGAAUCAGGGGAUUAGAACUAUAUAGAACUAUAUAAAAACUGUUAACUAUAUAAAAGGGAAAAUGAUAACAUGACUACUGAAAAUGUUCAACAAUUUAUGUUAUUGUCUCAGUUGAUCCUUAAACUAAAAAAAAAAAAAAAAGUUCUAAAGAAUUUAAAAUAAUACUUAUUUUCAUACAAACAAAUUUAUAGAAAUCGAUUAAACUGAUAUACAAAAAAUCCUGGAAUGCUAAAUUUUUGACAAAGGAAAACUAUUAAAAAAUCAGUAUGCUGCUAUUAAAAAAUCUAAACUAUUAAAAAAUCAGUAUGCUUAAAAAUAAUUUAAUUUCGAAAAUAAUGGUAAUUUUUUAAACACUGGAAAUAUUUGGUUAGGCUGAAAAGUCAUGAAGGGAGAAAUUUAAAUUAACGCACAUUAUCUGAUAAGUACAUGUCUCAGUUUUUUUAUAACAUUUAUGUUAUCAGUAAACAUUUUAAGAAAUAUGAAGCCAUGAGUAAUUAUAGAAAUAAACCUCAUCGGUUUAGUUUUUUUAAUUAAUCAUUGGUACUUCGGAAAAUAACCUUUGCUUUCUAUUAACUAUUAGAUCUUAAAAUGCUUUUUUAUAAUUCACAAAAUUUUAUAAGAACAUAAAAUAACAUGUUAUACCAAUUUUGUAAUUUAGUAUUAUAAGAUGAUAUCUAUAUAAAUAUAAAAAGUAUUAAUUUUGUAUUGUUAUGAUUACUUAGUGUCCGAUAAUAAGAUUUUAAUUAUUACUUUGUAAUAAAGGUUUUCCAGUUAUCAAAUAUUUUCCAUACCUAUCGACUCUUGAAACUGUCCACAUCUAGUUUUAAAAAAAAAAAAAAUCACGAAAGAGUCCAAUUUGCUAUAUGACAUAUAGCAAUGUGUUGUUAAAAUUUAAGGUUAUUUUAUUAGAGAUUAAAUAUAUAUAAUUAAGUAUAAAGAAAAACUGUUGUUUGAUAUGAUAAGAUUCUAUUUGUAAAUGAGGCGUGUGAAAUUCCAUAUAUUUCAUUUUGCGUUAUAACUUUUCUUGUAUGGGAAUUUCUUUUUUGUGUCAUUGUAGUUGUAUGAUAAUGUAAAAUAUGUUUGUGUACAGUUUAUGAAAAAUAAAUUCCUUGCAAAGCAA